UAAUAUAUGAUCUUUAUUUCUCUUUAUUUCAAGCAUAACAAACGUAGACUGGAAAUACCAGAUUUGGAAGUCUGGAGUCACAAUCACUGAUAAUUCGUUCCUGUACAACCUGUGGUACUUCACAUUCUCGGUGAUGGGCAACCUGAACUACUUCUUCUUUGCGGCCCACCUGCUGGAUGUGGCUGUCGGCUUCAAGACACUGCGCACCAUCUUGCAAUCAGUCACACACAAUGGCAAGCAGCUGGUGCUGACAGUGAUGCUGCUGACCAUCAUAGUGUACAUCUACACGGUGAUAGCGUUCAGCUUCUUCCGCAAGUUCUACAUCCAGGAAGAGGACGACCAGGUUGACCACAAGUGCAACAGCAUGCUCACGUGCUUCGUGUUCCAUCUCUACAAAGGUGUCAGAGCAGGUGGCGGAAUCGGUGAUGAAAUCGAGCCUCCGGACGGUGACGAUUACGAAGUGUACCGCAUCAUCUUCGACAUCACUUUCUUCUUCUUUGUCAUUGUCAUCCUGCUGGCCAUCAUUCAGGGUCUUAUUAUUGAUGCCUUUGGAGAGCUGAGAGACCAGCUGCAAAGUGUGGUUGAUGAUAUGGAGUCCAACUGCUUCAUCUGUGGCAUUGGCAAGGACUACUUUGAUCGGGUGCCCCAUGGCUUCGACACGCACGUUCAGAAGGAGCAUAACCUGGCUAACUACAUGUUCUUCUUGAUGCAUCUCAUCAACAAACCAGACACAGAGUACACAGGCCAGGUGAGUGUUUCAUGAAUUCUAGGGGUGUGC